ACGUCGCUCCAUGACGCACGCUCAAGUGGACGUCUCGGCUACGUCACUUGCGCGCCGCCUGGCUUCUGAUGCACUUCUUUUCCCGAAAGCCUAAAGAUAGAUGUUUCGAUUUCAGUCCCUGGAUGAAGACUGUACGCUGGAGGAGGAAGAUGUGGGGUUGGCAGCAGAGGAAGAUGAAAUCGACCAGUUCAAUGACGACACCUUCGGAGCUGGGGCCAUCGAUGAUGACUGGCAGGAGGAACACAAACGCCUCUCAAACCUUGAUGACCGGGAUGGGCAAGGAGCCGGUGCAGGAGGAGGAGGAAGAGGGAUGGAGAGAGAAUCAGAUUUAGGAGGAACAGAUGACUCAUCCUCUUCCCAUCUCUCUACCUAUGCAGGCCAUCAUCCCCUUCCAUCUUCUCUUCCAUCACUCAACUUCUCCUCGUCUUCCUCUGGACUGCCUCCACCAGAUGUAGAGGAUCGAGGAGGGGAAGGUGACUUGGCUGAGUCCCUGGCCAGACUCAUCCUGGAGGCAGACCCAGCCAUCGCUGGGGUCGGAGCCACUGAGAGGCCCUGUCCAUCCCUGAGCUCCACAGCAUCCACCCUUACCACUUUCCACAGGUUGGAUCAACCCAGAGUCCUUCCGCAGCACUCCAUCCCAAAUCCCACCCACUCACAUCAGCCUCCACAACACCCUCAGCACCAGCUGCCUCCUGGGCCCUCCACCUCAGGCAUCCCCCUUGGUCCUCCUUCAACAUCAAUGCUCAGCUACCAACAGCAGCAGCACAUGCUGCGCAGAGGGUCUGCUCCAAUCGCCCAGAUGAACUCUCACAGUAUCUGGGAGAACAAUAUGGGGUUCGGGCCGGUCAGUGUCACCCCAGGACUUGUCACGCACAUGGAGGAUAGUCCACUAAUGUCUAUCAUCAAAGAGGUGGGCCUUCCUAAAUUACCUCCUCGGGGUAGGAAUGAUGAAGGACUGGAUUUGUCAGAGAGGGUACCACCACCUCGGUCUUCUUCCCCUGUGAUUGGUUCCCCUCCGGUGAGGGCCGUGCCUAUUGGGACCCCGCCCAAACAGCCAAUGAGCCACAGUCUAAAUCAUCAGGCGCAUCAUCCCACAGCAGUUCAUGUGAGAGCCCCGGUCCAGCACAGAUACCCUCCUCCUUUUCCUGAGCGUCUGUCACCCAACACCCUCCUCAACUUAGCUAACUCUCCGCUGUGUCGCAGUCCCUUCCCUCCUGGAGUUGUUCCAGUUCUGUCUCAGAUUCAACGGGCCAAGCUGCUCAACUCUCAAGUGGCUGGUUUUGCCCAUGGCGGGCCACCUCCUCCUUUGUUACCAGGUGGUGGAGUUUUCAGGCCAUUCUUCGGGGGCCCUCCUCCUCCACAUGGUCACCGAAUGGGCCCACUGCCCCCUCAUGGUCCCCCUAACCACACGCCACCCAUCCGCCACAACACCACCCACCUCCACCCUCAGCACAGACGCAUGCUCACCCAGCGCAUGCAGAGCCGAGGAGGGGAUCGUGGCAGGACUGGAGGGGACCGGCACAGCAGGGACCCCUACAGUAAUCUGAUGACUCAGAAGGAGAAAGAAUGGGUAACAAAGAUUCAGAUGAUGCAGCUGCAGAGUACUGACCCUUACCUUGAUGACUACUACUAUCAGAAUUACUAUGAAAAGAUGGAGAAACGUCAGGAAAGAGAGAGAGACAGCAGCAAGAAGGAAUACACCACCAAACUCAUCACACCACAGGUUGCCAAGGUUGAACACACCUACAGACCAGUUCAGUUUGCAGGAUCUUUGGGUAAACUGACUGUCUCUAGUGUCAACAACCCCCGCAAGAUGAUUGAUGCUGUGGUGACCACUCGCACAGACGACGAGGAGAAAAGAGAGAAGCAGGUUUGGAAUAAGAGGCGACAGAUCCUGUACACUGUGGAGAAGAUGUACAGUUUGCUGCUGGAGGUUCAAGACUUUGAGAAACGUUUUGUCCAGGCCCCAGAGGAGGACAGGGAGGCUCUGCUGGAGCAGCAUAAAACCAACACAGUGCAGCUGUGCAACUCUCUGCGAGAGAAGGAGUGGGAUGAUAGAGUAAGUGAUGAGCAAUGUGUGAUGAUCAUGUCAGUGAGGAAGGGCAAGCGGCUCAUAUCCAGGCUCCUCCCCUUCCUGCCCUCACCCCAGGCCACCGCCAUUGUCAUGGCGAUUGCACGCAACCUUCCUGCCCUGGCCAAGAAGGACAAGCAGGACCAGGUGCUUUGCUGGUUAGUGGAGCCCCUUUCUGCUGUGAUCCAAUCACUCUCCAGCUCCGCCAUCACAGACCUGCUCCAGGAGCUUCAAGGCAGCGAGGGCCAACUGGCCACAGUACUGCACAACAAGUUUGGUGUGACACUUCUGUAUCUGAUCCUGAGUGAGGGAGAGAAGAUGCAAAGUUCAGACCCCAACUGUCAACUCAUGGAUGACAAUCGAUGGACUGAGUUGGUAUUUGCUGUGACAAGGGAGCUGCUCAGUGUUCCCUCCUCGUCCCUCUCUCCUCCCCUCGUUACUCCUGCCAACCUGCUCUCCCUCUUCUCCCGCUAUGUCGAUCGGCAGAGGCUGGAGCUGUUACAGAACAAGUUACAGAUCUCUUCAUUGUCCAGGUAGAAGUUACUGCAGACAUCAACACGAGAUCUUCCCCUCCCGAUGCAGACCUUUCUUUUUGUGUGUAAGAGGGAAUGGUGUGAGUGAGUUAUGAGGUGAAUCCAUUGUGGGUAAUUUUAAUCCAGCAGAAUCUCGUGUGUGUGUGUGUGUGUGUGUGUGUGUGUGUGUGUGUGUGUGUGUGUGUGUGUGUGUGUGUGUGUGUGUGUGUGUGUGUGUGUGUGUGUGUGUGUGUGUGUGUGUGUGUGUGUGUGUGUGUGUGUGUGUGUGUGAUGAGAUGGCUGAAAGACGAUUAAAAAUUAAAUCUGCAUUUUAAAAUAUCUUGUUUGAAUUAUGCCUGUGAUGAACCUUCAAAUUAAAAAUAUUUCUAUUAUAUAAGAA